GCGUAUGAUGCUGAUCAAUCAUGAACCUCGGAAAAUUACUCGAGAUAUAACUACAAUACUAGAUAAAUAUUUAAACCAAAGCAAUUCUGUUAAACAACAAUAAGCAACCAUUCGCCCAUAUAAUCCAGCAGUUUCUGUUCGAAUCCAACAGCGCCGAUAUUAUCAUUGCAUCCCUCCAGCAAUCUUAUUCGCAUUCCCUCCUAAAUCUCACCAAUUGGAUCUAAACCACCCCUCCAAAACAUGGAAAAUUCCGCCCUUUCCUGCCUGCGUUGUCUACGAACUCGCGCUCCUCUUCUAAGUAACUCGAUUAUGCGAUCUUCAAAUAUGCACGGCGUAAAGACUUGCGCCGCAGCUGCACAAAACACCCGCUUAUACUCUAUUACCACGACCAAUUCACCCCGCUCUCUCCCACGAACCCGAGCUCUAUACCCCUCAUCUAAACCACUAUCCCAUCUUAGAUUCUACAGCGACUCAUCUUCCACAAUCCAAGGUACCAUCGGAGCCGGCGCAGAAGGCGUCGCACAGGAAGAAGCUCGCGCGGCAGAUAUACUUCAGGCACCAGAUCACCUCGAUGAAGCAGAGAAAAACAUAUGGGAUAAAUUAUCCCGCGAGCUUCAACCUACAAAAUUACAAGUACAGGAUAUAAGUGGUGGAUGUGGGAGUAUGUAUGGGAUUGAGGUUGUGAGUGAAAAGUUUAGAGGGUUGAAUAUGUUGAAACAACAAAGAUUGGUUAAUAAGGUUUUGGGGGACGAGAUCAAGGGGUGGCAUGGCGUGCAGUUGAGGACUAGUGUGCCUUAAGGGAUUGAAAAUUGGUGGAAGGUGAUUAGAGAAUUAUAGAGGAGUAUAUAUGUGAUGCGGUAUUGGACCGGUUGGUUGCAUUGGAGAAAUAAUGCUGUCGGAGUGAAUUGAACCGUAUAUCUAGUGGAUGAGCGGAUCACAAAGGCUAGUUAUACAUCAUGGGUCGAAUAUUAGCAUUCACAGAUAAAGUAAUGACAGAGACGAAUCAUUUUUGAGGAAAAUGAAGUUUAUUAAUCAAGCUCGG